AUGAGAUCUAACGUUAGCUAGCGCAGAUUUCAUCUGAAACUACGUUAUUGUGUUAGAUGUAUUAGAAUUCUGCAAUUUAGAGAUAAAAAUAAAAUAACACCUCAUGUGAAUAUACAUUAUUGCAUGCUAUUAUUUUAUUUAUUUAUUUGUGUACCGAUGGGUGGGUUUCCUGUACCUCCGGCAAUAUAGCCCUUUUUAAAUUGUAUUUAUAUUUUUCUCUCAAGAGCUUAAGCCUGUGUUUUGCAAUUUAUUUAAUAAUUCAUUUUUGACGAGGAGGCGGCGGUCAUUACGAAGCGAGGGAGUGAGAGGAGAGAGGGAGGAGGAAGAGAUCCGCGAACUAGCAAGGGAGGAAGGAAGCGAGGAUCACGAAAAAUACAAUCAAGAGAAAAACGGAGCAUAGAAAACCCAUUUAUUAAUUUCAUAAGGUUCAGUGCAUUUUCUUUGAUGCGUGGACAGACUGCAAUUGUGUUCAACCCGCUCCAACAAAGAUGUUUUCGAGUUUAUGAAGGUCUCGGGCGUAGAAAGGCAAACCAUUCUGAAGAGGAAACGGGAACACAACAGCAGAUCUCAUCUUUUCAAGAGGUCCAAUCAAACGGAGAUAUGGUGUCUCUGUACUUCGAUCUUUAAUAUUUAUUUGUACAGCCUACAUUGGAGAUACUCUGAGCAAGAAUCUAGAAGACAAGGAGCAGAGAGGAUAUUGAAAAUAUCUGCAUAUUUUUGUCCCUAUUUUGUUUUCUAAAGAAAAAAGGGGCCAAUAAACACCCCCAGCCUUUUUGAAACAUUGCAUCCAGAUAUUUUUUCGAGAAAGACCAGCAACCUCAUCGGAAGCAUUAACUAACAGGUGACUGUUUGUGUGACAGAGGAUAUCGACGAGGCCAGGGAUCCAAAAUGAGCGAGCUGGAGCAGCUGCGUCAGGAGGCGGAACAACUUAGGAACCAGAUAAGAGAUGCCAGGAAAGCAUGUGGGGACUCAACCCUAACACAGAUAACAGCAGGUCUGGAUCCAGUGGGGAGGAUUCAGAUGCGGACGAGGCGCACUCUUCGUGGCCACCUGGCUAAGAUCUAUGCCAUGCACUGGGGCACAGACUCUAGGCUCCUGGUCAGCGCCUCUCAAGAUGGAAAACUGAUCAUCUGGGACAGCUACACCACUAACAAGAUGCAUGCUAUCCCCCUGCGCUCCUCCUGGGUGAUGACCUGUGCGUAUGCCCCCUCUGGUAACUACGUGGCCUGUGGAGGUCUGGACAACAUUUGCUCCAUCUACUGCUUGAAGACCCGUGAGGGCAACGUCAGGGUCAGCAGGGAAUUACCUGGACACACAGGUUACCUGUCCUGUUGCCGUUUCAUCGAUGACAAUCAAAUCAUCACAAGCUCAGGAGACACUACCUGUGCGCUGUGGGACAUCGAGACCAGCCAGCAGACCACAGUGUUUUCGGGCCACAGUGGUGACGUCAUGAGCCUGUCUCUGUCCCCAGACUUCCGCACCUUUGUGUCCGGAGCCUGUGACGCCUCCAUUAAGCUGUGGGACAUCAGGGACAGCAUGUGCCGACAGACGUUCACGGGCCAUGAGUCUGACAUCAACGCAGUCUGUUUCUUUCCCAACGGCAGCGCCUUUGCCACCGGCUCCGACGACGCCACCUGCAGGCUGUUUGACCUGCGCGCCGACCAGGAGCUCAGCCUGUACUCUCACGAUAACAUCAUCUGUGGCAUCACCUCCGUGGCCUUCUCCAGAUCCGGACGGCUGCUGCUGGCCGGCUACGACGACUUCAACUGCAACAUCUGGGACGCCAUGAAGGGAGAUCGAGCAGGAGUGUUAGCUGGCCAUGACAAUCGUGUGAGCUGUCUAGGUGUGACUGAUGAUGGCAUGGCGGUGGCCACUGGGUCCUGGGACAGCUUCCUCAAGAUCUGGAACUGACAAGUUACCUGAGCCAUGCGCACACAUACACACACACACACACACACAUUAUUGAUCAUACAAAGUAUUUACAUCUCACAUUUUGGUACACAUAGUUUGCACACUGUAUUCACACUGUACGUAAAGAUGUACACAUACACAUUGAAACAUUGUACAUAAUAUAUAUAUAACGCCAAUUAGGUAUGAGUUUACACAGACACACACACACACAUGCCACUUGCAAUUUGACAUGUUACCAAUCACAUUGUAUGCAGGAAGAGUCCACCAGAAUUACAAACAAAUGCCAACACUACCCACAACUGAUAUGUACACAGCACACACUCGAGUACGCAUAUGUCAUUGGAACCACCGUAAAAGACGUGACCAAAUUCAAUAAAAUCCUCACAUCUGCUAAACUAAAACACGCACAUACAUGCACACACACACACACAUAUACAGUACAUGUUUAUUUCUGAGAGAAACUCUAUCCCUUGAGCUAAAUGGGGGAGAGGUAGUUAUUGGACAAUUCUGUUUUUCGUUUGUUUACGCAGAAGUCCCAAAUAUCCCUAAAAUGGAUUUUCUGUGCUACAGUAGAUUUGUGUGUCUCUGUGACAGGGUGAAAAAAGUGACAGUAGAGGGAAUAGAGUGAUGGGCUGGAAAAGCAAGAGAAUCCAUUAACACUCAAGAGACUACAGACAGGGAGAUAGAGCCGACUUUCCACAGUGACACUGUUAAAGGAAAAUCCAGAUAAACCAUCAAUUCUUAAAGUUUCUCCUGGCUCAAACAAAAUGCUAUCAUGUAGUUACUGUUUUUAUAGAUAUGUACACCCACAUAAGUAAAUAUGAUAGUUUUGGUUUUGAUGUUUUUGUUGUAUUAAUUUUUUUUUUUUUUACGCUUAUUUUAUUCAUGUUUUCCCUGUGUGCCUCAGAUACACUUUAAGGAUAAUUAAUAGAGAAUAAUGAAAUUAAACUAAAUGAAAUCAAUAAAAUGAGAGAUUCAUAAGAUGAGUGAGAAAAAAUGGAUUAUCAAGAGACAACUCUCAAAUAAGCAGGGGCAAUAUUCAUACUUUGACUUUGUCAAUAUAUUAUGUCAACUUUAUGAUGGUAUACAUUGUACAUACUAUUAAUAAAUACACGUAGCCUCUUGCCA